CAGCCGGCUGCUGUGAUGCUGCUCAUUGAUCGUUUGAAACUGUACCCACGUGUCGGGGCAGCGUGUGGCAGGAUUCAUCCCACUGGAUCAGGUCCCAUGGUGUGGUACCAGAAGUUUGAAUAUGCAGUGGGCCACUGGCUCCACAAGGCAGCAGAGCAUGUGUUUGGCUGCGUGCUGUGCAGCCCUGGCUGCUUCAGUCUGUUCAGAGCAGCAGCGUUGAUGGACGACAAUGUGAUGAAGAAAUACACCAUCAAAUCCUCAGCGGCUCGACACUACAUCCAGUUUGACCAAGGUGAGGACCGCUGGCUGUGCACUCUGCUGCUGAAGCAGGGAUGGAGAGUGGAGUACAAUGCGGCCUCUGACGCCUACACCAACGCCCCAGAGGAGUUCAAAGAAUUUUACAACCAGCGUCGGCGAUGGGGACCAUCCACCAUGGCCAACAUUGCGGACUUGCUGGGCUCUACCAACCUGAUUUCCAAGAGGAACCCGUCCAUGUCCAAACCCUACAUGUUCUACCAGCUCUUCAACUUGGCAUCGUCUAUCCUGGCGCCUUCCACUGUCAUCCUUAUUAUUGCAGGUAGUUUGACUGUGCUGCUAGACGUUCACCCCAGUGGUGCUCUGAUCAUGGCAAUCAUACCUCCGGCUGUCUUCCUUGGCAUCAGCUUCAAGAUCAAGUCAGACACUCAGAUUCAAAUUGCAGCAGUCAUGAGCAUCCUGUACGCCUUCCUCAUGAUGAUAGCAGCGAUUAUCAUAAUAGGCAACAUGGUGCGGGACCAAACCAUCAUGAAUCCAAGCAGUCUCUUCAUCAUCGCCCUUGCCAGCUUUUACCUCUUUACUGCACUUUUGCAUCCUCAGGAGAUUGGCCUGGUGAUCUAUGGCUUGCUUUAUAUUCUGUGCAUCCCCAGCGCCUACCUGCUGCUGGCUAUUUACUCCAUGGUCAACAUGAACAACGUGUCCUGGGGCACCAGGGAGACAGCUCCUGCUUCUGGAGCCGCCAAAUCUGCAGCCACCACUCCACAAACCAAAGCCCAAAAAGCCAAAAGCGCCUUUAUACAGUUUUUCUCACGGGCCAAAUGCUGUAGAAAACUCUGCUGUAGAGACAGUGAAGAUCAAGAACGCAUCCACAGCCAGGAGAAUUUGAGCAUGGAGGCAAUGGAGCCUGAACCUCAACCCCAGAACACUAUUGUGGAUGAUGUGAGCAUGCCUGUGGAGGAACAGAGGCGAGAGGAGCCUGCAUUCACCUGCCCUAACCAAAAUUGGGUCGAACAACUGCAGAGUUUGUCUGCUGACAUGCGUCUACAGGAGGAUACCCUCAAUGAGGAGGAGGAUCAGUUCUUCAGAGAGCUGAUGGCCAGAUACCUGGAGCCUAUUCCUGAGAACAAAAAGAAACAGAAAGAAAUGGCUGAGAACCUCAAGGAGCUGAGAAACAAGAUUACCUUUGUCUACUUCAUUUGCAAUGCCUUCUGGCUCAUAGCGACCUUCACUCUCCAGGUCACAGACACACCCAUCUUCAUCCAGGUGCCAGAACUCGACAUCAACCUGGAGUUCACCGGAGACUAUAUCUUCAUCGACCCUCUGGGCUUCAUGUUCAUCCUGGCCUUCGCCUUGCUGGUGGUAGUCCAGUUCUUGGCCAUGCUGUACCACAGAAUAAACACCCUGAUCCAUUAUGUGGCCUACCUGGAUACAGAGUCCCCAACUGAAAAACAAAUACAACAACAGCCACUCAUAGAGGUCAACGAUGAUGAAAACGAAAGCAGUGAUUACCCGAUCUUCCAAAGAAACCCUGAUGGUGGAACUCUGGUGUAA